CCUAUGCUCCUGUCAGUAACAAAUCAACUCUCCACAUCGAAAACCUUCAGAAUAGUUCAUUUCUUCCCCAGGUAAUCUAAUUGAUUGGUGAAAUGGGUUCGGGACAGAGUAGAAAGUCAUCGUCUGGCAGCCCUGCUGUGGAUAUAACUUCACCCUCGGACAACCACAGUGUUGUGGAGUGUGUGUUCAGCAGCCACGAAGUCAAGCAGCUGAAGAAGGAGUUCUUUAAGGACCACCGAUCCGGCACCAUUAGCCGGAGGCAAUUCGUGGAAGCGUAUGCAAGUUUCUUUCAGUUCUCCGAUUCCUCGCAGAUCGCCGAUCACAUCUUCAACGCCAUAGACAGGCAAGGCAGAGAUUACAUUGACUUUCAGCAAUAUCUCCACACUCUCGCAAUGACUCAAAGAGGAAACGAACUGCAGAAAAUCCGCUUCGCAUUCGGUGUCUUCGACAUCAACGGCGAUGGCGUUAUCUCUCGUCAGGAGUACACGGAUAUUCAGCUCGCCCUGGGACUGUUGGCGCAUCCCAGCCGACGGUCACAGGUCUUAGGCCCAGUCAUCGGUGGAGGUUCUGCAUCGGGAAUGUCCCGAUCUUCCAGCUGCGGAUGCCUUGCUACCAUGAAGGUGAACGGUAGUCCCGAACAGAUCAGAGCUGCGCAGCGCAAGCAGUCACAGAUGAGUCUUGCAGUCCGACGAGCAACCCUAAUGGAGAUCGGCAGCAGCAGCAACAGCAUGCCAUCAGUUACAUCCACCAAGUCAAAUAGCGUUGCAACGUUUCCAACAACCACACAGCGACUAUCAAACAUGCAGGCAGAGUCAUUAGCAUCGCUUCCCGACGCAACUCGCUGUAGACCACCGCUGUCAGCCACACCUCCUCUGCACCGCCGGGGAAGCAGCAUUGAGAGUCCCAACCAGGCGGAAGAGAUGAUCUUGAGGACUAACACCAUGGACAGGCGCCGAAGUCGCCUAGCCCCGCUGACACCAUCUUCCCCAGCGGCCACUGCGAAGCGGUCGAGCAACGGUCGAUUCCCAUCUCUGUACGACAUGUCACCCAGCUUCAACGCGUCAGUUGGCUCCGCAUCUCAGUUCUCCAUCACGAGCGAGGAGGCCCGCCAAUCACCGUCCGCCAUCAGUGAUGAAUCUUCUGCAAGCAUGGCUAGCGCUAGUGGUCAACAAAACAGCUGGGCAACGCUCGCGUUGCCUUCUCCAUGCGCCUCUGACGAUGAAGUCGACGAUGUGUUCGCAAACAUGGACACGAAUUGCGAUGGAGUGGUGGACUUCGAGGAAUUCAUCUCCGCUGUGAGGCGUGAUUCAUCCUUGCUUCGGUUUCUUCAAUUCUCAGGAUGAACGUAAUUAACUGUAGAGAAUUUCAGUCAGUUUCACAAAGAACUGCCUUUAUGCCAUGGGCCAGUUUGUCAAAAACUAUAAUAAUAAUUAUUAUUAUUUGCUCUAAACUAUCUGCUACUCCGCAUACCAGUCAUUAUUCCUCGCGCAAAUCACGCAAAUCAACAUUCCUCUCACAAUUAAAUGUACUCCUAUCACUACUUGAUAAUUGAUUAUAUCUGCUGAUUCAUGUUUGAAUCCUUGACUAUCGAAUUCAAAAAUUGGAACAUGGACAUCCUCCCGUCGUUGAAUACCAAUGAUGUCCUGAUACAGCGA